ACCCAGACACUGAUAACCAUUAUCUAGACUUAGGAAAAACCGUUAUUUUAUUCUUCAACGGUUUUCUUUUAUGUACAUUGUUGAAUAAUUCUCCCCAAUCCUACUCCCUUAAAUCACCCCUUGACAUACCGAUAGACCCCCUCGGUUUUUGGCGCUCUAUUUCUCACUUACCGUUUGUCCGUCUCUUGGUUAUGGUCCUGUAGGUAGUACGUUAUACAGAUAUAGUGAGCGGUUCGUGCUACUGCAAACUUGACGGUUAAUUUUUUUGUUUGUUUCCUAUAAACAAUUAUUGUAUAUUUGAAUUUCAACAUUUUGUUUUAAGUCCCAUUUUAUUUUUCUAUAUAUAUUUUAUUUAUAUCUGAUUUACCUACUAUCGGUGCAGCUCAAUUAUGUCGUUUGUGAAGAGCAAAAUUAAGCGGUUUAACGAAGUCUCAAGUUGUGCACCACCUCCUGGAACAUAUGAUCCAAAAAGUCCUUGUCCAAAAGUUAUUAAAGGUUCAAAAUUUAACAAAGCAGAGAGAUUUAAAGAACCUUCUGUCCCACAAACUGCUAAAAAAGUAGCAAAAGUACAGUCAACGUUGAAAACCGCAUCAAAUUUCAGUUCUCAAAGUUCAGUUUAUACAGAAUGUUCUAAAAAAUCUAACAAAACCAUAGAUUCUAAUUCAACAAGAAUUGGUUCGACAAAAAUAAGAGCUAAACGUCUUUUAGAAUUAAAAAAAUUAGAUUCUAACCUUACUAAAGCUCUUGUUGACAUUGAAAAACUAGAUAAUUCUAAAAGUACAACAGAUACAUGUAAAGACUAUAUUAAUACAUGUCGCAGUGCUUGCUCAGAGGCAUUGGAAAAUCGUGUGUGUAGAAUGGUCAUUGAAAAUUCUCAAGCUGCUUUGUAUGCAGUUUGUGACCGUUUACGUGAAACAUACAAACAUAAUGAAAUUUUACAAAAUGAAACUGCACGUUUACGAGAAGAAAUUGGUGAAAAAAAGUCUUUUGAAGAAUUAGCAGCUGAUCAAAUUGCUGUUGUUGAACGUAAACUUACUGAAAAAGUUAAUGAUUAUAUGAAGAUUUCUGAGACAGUUAAAGAUAAUUGUUUAGCUAAAAUGAGAUAUAUUCUGGUAGCUCUGGAUGAACUAGAAUCUAUGGUUGAUGGUGAAGCAAAAGAAAUUAUUCAUAAAUUAAAGUUGGAUAUUGAAAAUACAGAUCCAGAAGGUCCUAAUUACAAACAGCUUUUAGAGAAAUAUGAAAAAACGCUAAACAGAAACAUUCAACUUGAAGAAAUUGCUAAAAAAUAUGACGAUUUAGAAAGAAAAAUAAUUGAUUUGACAAAUGAAAAGAAUGCUAUGGCAGCUAAAUUACAAAAUAAUAAACUUAAGACAACUGGCUUAUCAAAGAACCGUUUAGAUGCUUUGGCCACACCUCGCAGACGUGUCGAUGCUGAGAAUAUUGCCCCAAAAAAUAAAACUUAUGUACUUAAGAGUAAUACAUUAAUUAACACUGUAAAACCAGUUGCUCAGUCUUCUCCAUUGAGAGAAAUGAACUGGUAAUUAAAAUAUUUAUGUAUUUUUUUUUUAUUUCAUUGUAUUUUUCUUUUUUUAUUGAUUAAUCUGUCCACCAAAUGUUUUAUGACUCAAUAUUUUACUUCUAAGUUUUUAUGUAUAUUUUUUUACACUAUUAUAGUAUAAACUUAAUAUUUGACUGAUAAUAAAUUGAUUAAUAUUUA